AUGUCUUCUGAUGUUAUUCUAAAUUAUUACGAGUCCCUUCUGCACAGAGAUGAUCUAGAAACUUUGAAGGAGGGUUGUUUCGUCAAUGAUAACAUAAUAACAUUCCAUCUGGAGUAUCUGCGCCAUACAAAAUUAUGCCACUCGUCAAAUAUUCUUCUUAUGGAUCCAGCAGCAUCUCAGAUUUUAAAAUUGAUGGAUGAGGAGUCAAUUAGACUGGUGCUGGAUCCUUUAGAAUUCAAGUCAAAGGAUUGGGUAUUUUUAGUGAUCAAUGAUUCUGCUUCACGAGUUUCAUCUGGUGGAUGUCAUUGGUCACUGUUGGUUUAUUCACCACUUCUUGUACACGGUUUUUACCUGGACUCCUUGAACUCUAGCCCUAAUUUUUCAGAGGCGAUCACUUUGUGUAACAAGUUAUGCACCUAUUUAGGUGUUUCUUUUGUAGAUAUAAAGCUACCUAAUGUCAUGAAGCAGAAUAAUGGAUAUGAUUGUGGAAUAUUUUGCAUGGUAUUCAUAGAAAUAAUAUGUGAUAUGAUAUUGAAAGGUGAUAUGUCCUGGCAGAUGAGUCUGCCCACUGACAUGGUUUCCCAUCAAGUAAUACACAAAAGGAAAUCGUUACUACAGUGUAUCUAUGGCUUAUCCACAGCAAAUGCUUAG